GGAAACUGAAAUCGACGUCCAAGACUCCGAAGAAUAAACUGCAGGUUGAGAAAAAGUUCACUCAUAAUGGCGGCCGCAUCAUCAUGGCACCUCUUACCACCCGAUCUGAUCGAACACCAAAUCGGCCAAAUCGAUCUCCUCACAGCAAUGUACCCCACCGAAGAUGAGGCCUCAAUUGACAAGGAAUCCGAACAAUCACUACAACUCUUAAAGACGCAUAUCGAACAAGGCAGUGGCAUCACAAUCUCAUCGUUGAGUCGGGCGCCAACAGUGACCAUACUCCUCACCCUCACCGUCCCGGAACCAGACCAAGACCCCUCAUCACCAAAAACCCUACAACUAGACAUCAACGUACCCUUCUCAUGCGAAGGCAAAUCCGACACACCACCAGAAGAACCACCCCAUAUAAAAGUCAGGAUCCUCCAGCCACCAUGGCUCAACCGCGCAGCAACAGCAAACCUCAACGCCCAAAUCCCAGACGGCGACGAGGACCUCUUCAGCAUCAUAGACGCAAUAAACGAAACAGCAGUCACCCACCUCGAAGAAGCAAAAACAGUAGCAGAAGCCGAAUCGGCAAUCUCAGAUGCUGCCGCCACAGCCGACGCAGGUCCCCUGGUGCGAGUGUGGUUCUACUUCCCCUCCAUCUCAACCCGCUCCAAGCGGGACGACUUUAUCAUCAACGCCCCCGCGUACCACCUCACAGGCUUUCUCUACGCCGGAAAACCGGGACUGUUGUGUCUGGAGGGCGGGUCGCAGAGCAUCGACGACUACAUGAAGUUCAUCAAGACGGAGAGCUGGGGCGAUAUCCCGGCGCAUCACAAGAAGGUCAGCGAGAGGCAUCGCGAAAAGGACAUUUCGAGGAGAGUCUUUGCGGACAUGUCAGAGAUUACAGACUCUGUAGGAGAGAGGAGGGGGCAGAGGGCGAACCGGGGAGACAUGAAGGCUGUGGAGGGGUGGCUGGUGGAACGUGGACUAGGGGAUGCUUUUGCGAAGGUGUUGAUGUAGAUAGUGUAGAACAAAAUUACGGCGAGGCACUCGUUGUUCAAUC